UGAAAAAUUGAUUAAAAAAUUUAACCAAACGCACACUGCAUGUUUAAGGCGGUACAGCUUCGAUAUUUGUUGUGAACAAAACAAUCAGAAGAAUUGGGGACUCAAUAGGCGAACCUUAGAGUAGAGUAGAGGGUUUCUCUUCACCAGGGUUGGGCUAGCAAUGUUUAGUUCGUUGGAGACGAGGAAUAUCACGAGUAGGGAGAAAUAAAAGAGGUCCAAUCCAAUCGAAGAUUGAAAAACAAGGCAGUGAUGGAGGAAAACACCUUGAUUAAUAGUAGUUCUUCUCUUGUUUCUGGUAGCGAAGGUGAGAGCAAUACACUUGAAAGUGAGAACUGGAGGGGUGAUUUUUGCAACUCAGAGAAUUCAUGCUUAUUAUUAUGCUUUGUGGGCUGAAUUAAUAACAUUGACUCGGAUUCGACUGAAUUUGAAAUUGCGGGACUUCAUUACGGUCCUUAUAGCGACAAUGAUGGCUUUCGGUAUGAAACCAAGGAGAUCAAUACGGUCCUUAUAGCGACAAUGACGGCUUUCGGUAUGAAACCAAGGAGAUCAAUUUUGUUUGGGAUGGAUGGGAAGCUGCUCUAAUUGUGUCUAAACGAAUGCUGGCAGAUUAUUAUGUUAAAAGCAGUUCAGAAAAAGAAGACAGCAGAAAGGUGCUGACACUUGAACCAUAUGAGACCCAUUUUGGAAAAAGCAAUGUUAGGCAAACAUUGGAGCUUGAAGGGAGUGGCCUAGCCACCAGAAAGGUUUCUUGGUUGUUUUAUCCUUAUUUGGGAAAGGUAGUCCAUGAUGCCUCGUGGUCUGGGCCAAUCAGAGAAGAACAAUACAUCAAGAUUGGUAAGGCUAUUGCGGUAUUAGCGCAUGGAGCGAUGUGUUAUGUUAUGUUCUGUUCCUUCAAGGAGCUAAUCAAAGACAAGGAUUACAAUACUGUUGGUGAAAGUGUGUUUAAAAGUAUUGUUAAGUUUGUCUUGAGUGUUUUUGAUAUGGAAGAUUUUGAGAGAAUAUUUGAUCAGAGUGUGGUUGAGGAUGAGUACUCAAAAUUAUGUGAAAUUCUUGACUCUUGUAAAUGUGAUCCUCUUGUAGCUAUUGCUGAGGGGAAGGUGAAAGUUGAUCAAUUUUCCACGCUAAGGGAACAUGAUCUUUGUGACACUAUACGGCAACAUAAAUGUAGUGCCGAAAGAAAGGUGAAAGCUAAUCAAUUUUCCAAACUGCGGGAACAUGAUAUUUAUGAUGACAGAACACAACUAUAUCCAUGUAGUGCCAAAAAAGAAGUCGAGGUUCUUCGUCCAUGGGUUUUUCCUAUUUUUGGUCCUGAGUGGAAUGAUAUUAGCCCAAACGAAGUAGCAAUUGCAUUGGAGAUGCUUAGGAAUUAUGAGCCUCUGAAGGAAGAUUGUAAAAUGCAGCUUACCUUGGAGUUGACAACUGAGAAAAGUUAUCGUAUUCUUGAUUCUUUGGUUUUAGAGGCUUUGGGGGGCGUUGACAUUCAAUUGCUACGUAAUUGUUUACCUAAUACAGCAGAUGAUGUGUUUCUCGCUGAGGAUGUUACUUUUGCAUGCUCAGUUUUAGCUGAUGGCUUAUUCGUUGGGCUCUAUGAAUUGGCUGCUAUGAAAGCAUCAGCGUUGCUGUACUUCCAGGAAGCUGUAAUUUUUCCUUUAUCAGAUGGUUGCUUUGGACCUUUUACAGAUGAGUUCAUUGAAGUGAUUAAAAUUGCUGACCAUGAGAGAAGAAUGCAAGGUGAUCGUUUCAUCAGUGUAAAGCAUCUUUUGUUUGGCCUUUCACUUUCAAGUGUUCGUAGAUGUGUUGAGAUGAUGCUCCAUGGUAGAGUGCUAGAUUAUACGGGUCAAUUAGCUUUGAAGCUCUCAUCGUUUAGCAUUUACAAGUUAUCGCGCGAUGCAGCUACCAUUCUUGGUGAUAAGAAUGUUGGACUUGAGCACUUGGUUCUGGCAAUCUUCUAUGGAAAGCAAAAGAUGGCUGCACAGGAUGAUUGCAGUUCUUUGUUCUUCGACGAGAAGAAAUGGGAUGAUUACCUCUUGAAACAUUUAAGAUAGAGGGAUGAGUGUGAUUUUGCAAGCUUCAAUGACAGUGAUUUUUUCAGAUCAUUGCUACCCGAAGAUUGUUUGUCUUUUGGUAGAUCGGCGGCAUUAUGUGGCUUUUCUAUCAUGGAUGAGCUGCACAAGGCUUUGCAGUCUGGCUUCAAGUUGAACGCUAUUCGGGGGUAGAAUUAUUACCUUCCCUUUUGUGGGCUGGUCUGGCUUCCACUGUAUAUGCUGUUUGAUACAUCACGAAUGCCCCUGUGAAUAUGGCUGGAAGGUUAUUAUUACUUUCGAAAUAGGAAUAUAUAUUGCAAGUGAAGCCCGUGUUUGAUUUA